AACUCUAGUUUAAAGAUAGGUGAUGGUAAUAAAUUCUAACCGCGUUCCAUGUCCAUGUAAAGUUUUAUUUAAGUUGCGUACACAUAACAGUAGCUAUUAGCAUUGUCUGGCCCAACUCUUGGAGUGGUCCUUUAACCUUGGUCAUUCUCAUUUCCACAUGCCACACUUCAUGGUGGUACUCACCAUCGCUGUUUGGAACGUUUGCUAGCUAAGAAAUGCAAAGAUUUCUGACAUUGUUGUCCCUGACCUUACAUCCUUGAAAUCCUAGUUAAGAAUAGCUAAGGCACCAUUCAAGGCCUGGGUUUGCUUCUUGUCCUGAAUCUUACCUACAUGAGUUUUGCUAUCUUUUGCAUAGUUGUUGGGGCCUCCGCUAGAUUUUUUAGUCAAAAAGAAAAGGAGGCACGAGCCAUUAAAAAAUAAUAUGUGUAUUAUUAUUAUUAUUGUAAAUUAAUAACCUUCCCUAUAAGUACCAUUAUUUUUGAGCUUGCAGCAUUGUGGUGAUGCCAGCUUCACAUUCUGUAGUCAUAAGAGGCAUCAUGCAAUAUAUUUUCCCAACAUUUUCGACUUACACUCAACAUUUCCAGUAAAGACAUGCCUUUUGUUUAUGUGUGUUGUCUUAUUUGGUUAGAAUAUCCACUGGACCAGCACAACGAGGAGACCCAGGCCAGAGUGCAAUCCUGCUGUGAAGUAGUCAUCUAUGUCAUCUAUGUCAUCUAGGAGUAAUUCAAAGAGGCUGCCCUCAGAUGACAAUGUUGCCUCUGACGGAGGACCCCGACGUCGAGAGUUUUAUCUGAAUGGACCUUCCCUGGACCGUGCUUCCAAGCGUAUCACCGAGGGUGUUCUGUCCCCUCCAAACUUGAAAAACUCACAUAAGAGCAAGGGGAGCCACCAGUUGCAUUCUGAGGCUUCAGGAAGUAACUCAAGAAAGGGUGAAAGCAAUCAUGGGAUACAUGUGUCGGCAGGGAAUGAUGAUUUGUCAACCACACAGAAACCAAGGAAAGUGAAACUCAAAAUUGGUGGAAUCAGUCGGACCAUACCGGCAAAACCAAACCCUGCCAUACCAGAUUCCAGGUCUUCAGCUGCAAAGUCUACACGGCCAGGACAUUCAUUGCACCGGCAAAAGCAUGGUAAUCAGACUGAAGGUGUCAAAGAUUCAAAUAGGUUGCCCUCUUCUCAAGACAAGAAAACAAGAAAGCUGAGGAAAAUUGAAGAUACCUUGACUCCGGAACAACCUGCCAAAGUUCAGAGAGAAGCGUCUUCGGAUCCUGUCCGGAAGAGUAGAAGGAUAGCUAAGAAAUCCAACUUGGACAGUGAAUUAGACGAGGAAUAUGGUUUAAGUACUCCUGAAAACCAUGGAGCUUCUAAUGAUAAUGAGGGUCAUAUUCGUGAACCUAAAAACAAAGGAGGGAGUAACCUUAAGAAGAAUGCCUCCAAGAAAGACCGGGGCAGGAGCACUGUUUAUGAGGUUGAUAAUGAUUUUGUUAGACCCCAAUCAAAUAGAGAUGGCAAGAAAAGGUCAAGAGAUUCUACUGAUGCUGAUGAGGAUAAUGCAGAAGAGGAGUUGGCCUCUGAUAACGAACUUGAAGCUGAAAACAAGAAGCAGAAGGCAGUCACUGAAUUGUCUGCCAGUGUUAAGAGUGAACCUCUCACAACACGUCGCCGAGCUCUUCAAUCAUGGAUGGAUGGGAACAGCAACAGUACCAUUGAGUUCCCCGAUGGUUUACCGGCAGCUUCGUCAAGAAGCAAGAAGGAAAAGCUCUCUGAUGCAGAGAUGCUGGCGAAGAAGGCGGAGGCUGCUCAGCGGCGCAAGAUGCAAGUGGAGAAAGCCACUAAAGAAAGCGAGGCUGAAGCUAUAAGGAAAAUACUGGGCCUGGACACCGAGAAGAAGAAAGAAGAGAGGAAGCAAAAGGAGCGAGAGGAGAAGGAGAAGGCAGCCAGAGCGCAAGAACUUGCCAGGAGCUCUAUCCGGUGGGUCAUGGGGCCCACAGGCACGGUGGUUACGUUCCCUGAAGAUGUAGGCCUCCCAAGUAUCUUCAACUCCAAACCCUGCAGCUACCCUCCGCCGCGUGAGAAGUGCGCCGGACCGUCUUGCACGAACGCGUACCGGUACAGGGACUCGAAGCUGAAGCUCCCCCUCUGCAGCCUAGAGUGCUACAAAGCUGUCCGCGGGAGCGCUUGAUUUGCUCCUUUUUUUCGCAGCCGCAUUCGUUCAUGCACCUUCAGAAUAAGAGAGGACGGCCAGUCCCGGUGAUGCAAAUUUGUUUGUCGGUCCAAUAAGCGAGUUACAAAAUAGUUACACAUAGCUCUGUGCGUAAAAGAUUAUCGUGUACUGCACCAGUUUGUUUUACUACACCGUUGAGAUGUACUGAACUAGUGAUGUUACCGGAUGAUUUCUAAGUAGAUAUUAUACAGAUACAUAUAGAAAGACAGCAAACAAAGACAGUUUUAUUUU